CUCUCCACUUUAAAUUUGUGCCGGCCGACCUCCCAAAAGUGCUUUGUUUUCCAUCCAUCUUUCCAUUCUCGGUCCUUCCAAUUCCUGUCCUCUCAUCUUCCUCCACCCUACUUUUGCUGCUCACACAUGUUUCUUCAAUUGUUCAAGAAUCUUGCGUUUGUGGUGGUGGUGAGGAGAAUCUUUGGCUGGCCUGCUUUGGGUGGUCGCCGCCACUCUGUUAAUAUUCCUUGGAACUAGCUAGCUUGCAACAUACUCAGAGCAGGGCAGAGCAUAGGGUGCUCCAUAGCCCAUACCAGCCAGCAGAAAAGGUACUGGCUAGAUAUAUUGUUCGAUCUCUCUCUCCGGCCGGCCGACCUUUGGUUGGUUGAUGCAAAGUUGCCUAGCUACGCGUGCAGAUUAAUUAUCAAGCCUCAUGGUCGUCGUCGUCGGCUUAUAAACAUCCAUUGCUGCUGGACCGUCAGACCUUCAAGUAGGAGCUAGCUCCAGUUGGUUUGCUUGCUUGAUUGGCGAUGAACGGUGCGGCGCUAGACAACGUGAUCCGGCGGCUGCUGGAGGUGCGGCGGGGGCGGCCGGGGAAGCAGCAAGUGCAGCAGGUGCAGCUGGGCGAGGGGGAGAUCCGGCAGCUCUGCGGCGCCGCCAAGGACGUCUUCAUGCGCCAGCCCAACCUGCUCCAGCUCGACGCCCCCAUCAAGAUCGCCGGUGACAUCCACGGGCAGUACACGGAUCUCAUCCGACUCUUCGAGCUGGGCGGCUUCCCGCCGCAGCACAAGUACCUGUUCCUGGGCGACUACGUGGACCGCGGCAAGCAGAGCAUCGAGACCAUCUGCCUGCUGCUCGCCUACAAGCUCCGGUACCCGGAGCACUUCUUCCUCCUCCGCGGCAACCACGAGUGCGCCUCCGUCAACCGCGUCUACGGCUUCUACGACGAGUGCAAGCGCCGCUACUCCGUCCGCCUCUGGCGCCACUUCUCCGACUGCUUCAACUGCAUGCCCGUCGCCGCCCUCGUCGAGUCGCGCAUCCUCUGCAUGCACGGCGGCCUCUCCCCGGACCUCCGCCACAUCCGCGACAUCGCCGGCCUCCCCAGGCCAGUCGACGUCCCCGACACCGGCCUCCUCUGCGACCUCCUCUGGUCCGACCCCGGCGGCGCCGCGGGGUGGGGGCCCAAUGAGAGGGGCGUGUCGUACACGUUCGGGGCGGACGUGGUGGCGGCCUUCAUGGAGAGGCACGACCUGGACCUCGUGUGCCGGGCGCACCAGGUGGUGGAGGACGGCUACGAGUUCUUCGCCGGGAGGAGGAUGGUCACCGUCUUCUCCGCGCCCAACUACUGCGGCGAGUUCGACAACGCCGGCGCCCUCAUGUGCGUCGACGACGACCUCACCUGCUCGUUCCAGAUACUCAAGCCCGCGGACAACAGGCAGCGGCGUUUCGCCUUCGGCAUGGGAUCAUCCGCAUCUACUACUAGCAGGGGGAUCCGAUCACCGUGGUGCUAAUAAUUAAUAUGCAUGCUUUGCUUGGUCAAAACGGAUGCAUGCAAUAAACCCAUCCAUCUUUGAUUUCGAUCCUUGGCAAUUUUGUAUACCACAGUUUUUUGUAUACAACAGUAAGAGUUUUCUUGCAUGUAUUCGCAAAAAAAAAGAGUUUUCUUGCAUGCAUGCAUGGUGUAGCUCACAUAAACAACAGGAAAAGCAAGGCUUGUAUUUCAUUUGGAGGCAUCCGGACACUCUUUUUGUAGGGUUAUAUAAACUAAUGUCAUGCAAAUUUAGUUUUGUUGGGUUUGCU